AUCAUUUCGAUCAACGUUCGCAUUGUUCAUUCUUCGAUUCUUGUUUAUUCGAAUGCCAUUCCGAUGUGACUCACGUUCUUGAUUAAAAUAGUAUAAUUAUUUAAUGCUUCAGACAUCUAAGAAAGUAUUAUACAAUGCGGAGUAAACCUAUAUCGAAUUGCAAUAUUACGUUGGCCUGUAUUCCGGCUUGAGCCCUAUAUACCAUCAUCUGUUCUGACAAUGGCGGUUUGUGACCAGUCGAGAUCUAGUUGUAGAAAGUGCGAGCUGUCACGAUGAUUUCGACAUGAAAUUGGUACGAGGAAAUAUUGCGGAUACAAUCAUCCUUUUUCCAUAGCUUCGAAAAAGACGCCACAACAUGCCUUAUCUUGCCAGUCUAAAAGGAAAACAAUUUCUAUUUGGCCUUCUGCUCGUGAUUUCCGUGAUGUUGUACAUUAUAAUGGGAUCUCCUGUGGGUCUAGUGUGGCCAUUUUCAUAUGUUACAGAUCGAGACGAACAGACUAGUCUGUGGAACUUCAGAGAUAUCGGGCAACAGCAGCUAUAUCUUUAUGACACCAUACUGGAAUAUCCGUGGAAAUCAAAUAGAACGAGGAGAGAUCAUUUUAGACAAGAGCUCGCCAACUAUCGUUCUGAGCUGAGCAGCAGCUGGUCAGUUGUUCUACAUCAAGAGAAUGUUACCAUAAAGGAUCAUGACAAAUAUGUCUUUCAUGACAAUUACAAUGGAAUAUCACCCGAACUAUACAAACUGCUCCCGAAGAAAACCCCUUUAUUACAUGGGAAGAGAUACCGUUCCUGUGCAGUUGUUGGCAAUAGCGGAACAAUUCUACAUAGUGGAUGCGGAAAAGAAAUAGAUAUGCACGAUUUUAUAUUCAGGUGCAACAUACCACCCUUGAUGCCGUUUGAGCGAGACGCUGGAAUAAAAAGUAAUUUUUCCACGAUGAACCCUAGUAUAUUGAGAAAAAGGUAUAACUGGCUCAAGAAUGAGGAACACAUAGAGAAAUUCAAUGAUAUGGUGUCGGAGUAUAGAGGCGUGUUAUGGUCAGUCUGCCAUGCGUUCCAUAUUUCACUAUCUCUAAUGAUGACCGCCAUGAGGAAUUUAAUAGUGGAGAAUUUAGAUUUGGUGUGUGCUAAUCCCAUGCAUGUCCAAGCUGUAACUGACUUUUGGUAUGAGAGAAACCUCCGGGCUCGGAUAUCUACUGGUUUCUAUAUGGUAACGUUAGCCAUUCAGUUAUGUGAUGAAGUAACGCUGUAUGGAUUUUGGCCCUUCUCCGAGCGAUAUGGAGCAAACAAGACCAGUGUAUCUUACCACUAUUUUGAUAAAAGCACAGACAAGGUAGCCAAAGGAGUUCAUAGUAUGAAUAAGGAAUUUGCCUUUCUUAUGCAGCUUCAUAACCUUGGUAUCAUCCGUAUUAAUAUAGGAUCAUGUAAAUAAUUUUAUCACAUCAGCAAUACCUCGUGUUGAGUACUGUACACCUGAGAAUCUGAAAUCCCUAGAAAACCUUAUUGUCAUGCUAUGCAGAAAAAUAGUAAGGACAACAUGACUUGUUUUGCAACAUUCUCUACGGGAUAUGCGUCGACCUGAACAGGGAUGACCGUGUGCUGGUAUACACUAAGGAAAGUAAAAUCGUGGGAGUAUAGCCUGUAGCCACCUGUCCAAUUUAAAUCUUGUCAAGUUCAUAACUAUUGAAUCCUUGAUGACUUGCCGGUUGACCGCCUGGUACACUGCCAUAGGUCUGGUGUUGAUCUAUAGCACCAACACAGAAUCUGAUUCUGGCAACACCAGUUUGGUUUUGACGGCAACACCAAAGAAGUGUUUAAAUAACAUCAGUCAUUAUUAAAAAUGGUGUUGUUUCAACAUUUCUUUGGUGUGAGCUGGUGUUAUAAUAAAUACCGCCUACUUUUCAGUGUAAAUGUGCUGUUAAUGUGAAGAUAGCAGGAAUUCAUCACAGAACCGAGUGUCCCCACUGGGAUCAUGCGCUUAAAUUAAAGGGGUACUCCGGGCUGAAAAUACUUACUGUUUAUCUAAAUAAAUAGAGUAAAAUUCACCACGCAAAAUGCGGAAAAUUUCAAAUAACGAAGUUAUUGACAGUUGAAAGUUUAGCAAUAUUUUGUGAAAAUAUUUCUAUGCUCCUCCUCCUGAAUAUUCAUUAGGUAGGCUGAUGAUGUCCCAUCCCCACUUCUUUCCUUUUUCUUAUGCUAUAUUACGUGAAAUCAUGAUUAUUUGAGUUUUUCCAUACGAGUGUGAAUGAUAAUGUCUCCCUUACAAUAAAGUAAGUUACAGCAACGAAUAUAUAAUGCAUUAAAUCAGUUGUCAAUCCAACCACUUUAUUUUUUGGAAGAAAAAAUUGAAUUAACAUAAUUUCAUAUAAUGAAAUACAAAAGAACAAGUGGGGAUACUACAUCAUCGGUUUGCUCAUUGAAUAUUAAUGAAGACAUGCACAUACUGAGCUGUUUUACCAAAAUAAGGCAAAUCUAUAAAAUGUCAUAACUUUGUUAUUCCACGUCGGAUUUUGAUUAAAUUUCUAGUGUUUUGUUAGAUUUUUUCUUUGAAUUGUUCAAAUAAUAAUUUCAGCCUGGAGUAUCCCUUUAAUUGAUGGAUUUACUUUUUAGUAUAUGGUCAUUUCAAAAUAUAAUUAACGUGUUUGUAUGUCCAAUCCCAAGUUCCUCCUUCCACACUUCAUACCAUUAAAAUCUGUGAAAAUUUAUGAGAAAUACAACCUUUCAUAUGAACUUCAAAAAAAAGACACGUUCAGAAAGGUCCCAUCAGAUAUGUAUUUUUUCAUGUUUUUGCCUGAUGAUCUCAGGCCCUUUUCCAUAUUAUGCUUCCCACUACCCAUUCCAUGCCCUUUCAGGCUCUAUAUAGUAAAACGUGUUUUUUAUCAGGCACUAUUGAUCUUUCAAAGGUCUUUCGACGAAAUUUCAAAGAUCUAUGAGGUCUUUUCGUGAUCCCCAAUUUUUUUUUUAAACGGUUUAAAACAGUCUUUUAGCGGCCUUUCAGGGAAAACGGUCUUUCGGUAGUCUUUCAGCAGUCUUUCAGCGGUCUUUUAAUGAAACUUUCAAAGUUCUUAUCAGCAUUUCCAUGAUCUUUCAACAGUCUCUUUACUUUUUUUUUGGGGGGGGGGGGUCUUUGAAAUUCGGUCUUUUAGAGUUCCUGUCGGUGGUUUAGGUCAGUCUUUCAGAGUUCCUUCAGAGGGCUUUGUUGAUCUUUCAAAGAUCUCUGGCAGUAUAUACGCCAUAAUCAUUCAGUGAUCUCUCAAUGGUCUUACUUGUCUCUCAGUAAACUUCUAGCUGUCUUCACGGUCGUGCGGGAAUCUUGUUAUAAAUGUUGUUUUUUGGUCUUUCAGUGGUUUUUCAGAAUCUUCAGAGCCAUUCUACACAGACAGAAAAUUUCACUAAUCUUGAAAGACCUUGCAAAUGUUCGGUCUUUCAGCGAUCUUUCAAGGGUCUCCGUUCUGUGGAAUGGGGACUUUGGAGAGAAGGGUGUAUACUUUAGAAGUAAAAAAAUGAUAAUUAUUUUACUAAUAAUGAUAAUAGUAAUAAUAAUAAUAAUGAUAAUAAUAGAAAGGAUUUAUUGUGCGCCAGAUCUACUCUACAGAGUGCUCAUGCAAGGAGCAACAAAAGAAGAAAGACACAGGGAGAGUAUGCAAUAUGGAAUGAUAAAUUAAAGAACUUGAGGAGUAAUAAGCUAUAUUAAGAGUAGAAAUAUUGAUUACAAUAUACCCUAUUUAAAUCAUGUUCAGGCUUUCUUUUUGUACGAUACGAUUUUAGUUGAUUUGUGAAAAAUGUUUGCGAGUCAUUUUAGAGUAAAGAUAUAUAUAGCACAUUUGAAAAUCUUGCCCAGCAGACCUGAAAUAAAUAUUACGUUGCCCUUGGUAACAUAAAAUUUUUACAACAUGGCACAUUUGGUGUCUUUUUUAAAAUAGGUUUUAUUUUUGGAAAUGUAUGAAAUGAAUGGGAAAUAAAAUGUAAUUAAAAGAAAUAAUCGGUAAAUUCGACAAUACUAAAUGUAUUCUAAUUUGUUUUAUGGGAUAUUUUCCUUUUCAUUUACUCAUGAAAGAUAUUUGUAUGUGUAUUUUCUUAACAUUACAUUUUGUUUUUCAUUUUCCUUGCCAUCAAUUGAAAACGUAUAGGGACAAUUUUUAGCAGUGACUAAGAAGUUGUUAGGUCGUUAAGUAAGUGAGAUCAUGAUCGUAAAAGUUAUCAUUGUCAAUUUCUGAUGUACAUGUAGUAAUAAUUGUAAAAGGUGUAUGCAAUCUUUUCAAAAGAUAUGAUAAUACUACCUAAGUGGUAUUUCUGCUGCAUAUAUAUAUAUAUAUAGUGUGUGUGUAUGUGUGUUUACACAGGCGUAUCCAGGAUUUUGCACCCUGGGGGCCCGACCUAAUUUUGGCGCCCCUGUGAACUUUUCAGAAAAUUUUUAUAUUCUGACCUUAAAUUUUGACAUUCUAAGCACUUUAUCUAACCAUGAAAGGAUCGUCACCUUUCUAAACAAUUGAUGCGAGCGCGAAGAGCGAGAUGAAAUUUAUUGAUAUUCUGACCUAAAAUUUAGACUUUCUAAGCACUUUUGGUAAUCAUGAACAGGAUGGGCAUCUAACCAUAAGCAUUUGAUGCGAGCAAACAUGAGUUUGACGCCCCCCAUGUGAAACAUGAAUUUGCCCCCCCCCCCCCCCCGUCAAACAUCAAAUUGGAGCCCAAAAGGUCGAAUAUGAAUUUGGCGCCCCAUGAAAAACAUCGAAUUGGCGUUCCAAAGGUCGAACAUAAAUUUAGCACCCCCCCCCCAGGUUGAACAAGAAUUUGGCGCCCCAGGACAAACAUCAAAUUGGCGCCCCUAGGUCGAACAUCAAUUCAGCGCCCCCUAUAUCGAACUUCAAAUAGGCGCUCCUAGGUCGAAUAUCGAUUCGGCGCCCCCCCCCCCUAUAUUAUGUUGAGCAUCAAUUCGGCGCCCCCUAUAUCGAACUUCAAUACGGCACCCCUAGGUCGAACAUCAAUUUGACGCCCCCUCGAUUGAACAUCAAUGCGGCGCUCCCUAUGUCGAACAUCAAUUCGGCGCCCCUAGUUCGAACACCAAUUCGGCGCCCCCGAGGUCGAAGAUAAAUUCGGCGCCCCCUUGGUCGGCACCCCUCGGUCGAACACCAAUUCGGCCCCCCCCCCCGGUCGAACAAAUUCGGCGCCCCUAUAUCGAACUUUAAUUCGUCGCCCCCGCGCCCCCCCCCCCCCCUAGGUUGAACACCAAUUCGGCGCCCCGUAGGUCGAACAUCAUUCAGCGCCCCCUAUAUUAUGUCGAACAUCAAUCCAGCGCCCCCCCCCCCCUAGGUCAGACAUCAAGUCGGCGCCCCCCAUGUCGAACGCCUAAUCGGCGGCGCCCCCCCCCCAUAUGUCGAACAUCAAUUCGGCGCCCCUAAGUAAAAAAUCAAUACGGCGCCCGACCCCCCCCCCCCCCCGACCCCUUCUAUUUUGUUUUCUUCUUUUCUCCCCCUUUUUUUCUUUUCUUCCUUUCUUCUCCCCUUUUUCUUUCCCUCUCUUUUCUUCCCUUAUUUUGGCGCCCCCUUUUUUGCCUACCCGGGGGGCCCGGGCCCCAAAAGCCUCCCCCCGAAUACGCGCAUGUUACAUUGAAUCUCAAUACUUCGCCAAGAUGGAAAAAAAACAUUAAAAAAUGUCUCCCUACAAUAAUAAUAUUUACGUUUUAUUUUUGCAACUUGUUUAUUUAUAUUUUAUCAUUAGCAAUGCUUAGAUAUUUCUAUCAUUCCUUUCUCUGAUCAACGUGCAAGUGUCAUCUGGGUUUCGUUACACACAAGCACGGAGAUCAAUCAUAAAGGUUAAAUUGUGAACCUGUCAGAAUUAUUGUUUCAAAUCUGCAAUUAAUGUCAUCCCUUGUGUCACGGGGACCAGGGAUAAAAAAAAACUGAAAUAUUUAGUCUUAGAUCAGUCAGGUCAUAUGACCUCUAAACACAAUUGCUAUAAUAAUGUUUCAUUGUUUUUAUUAAAAAAAUUGUUUAUAUAUAUAUAUAUAUAUGUUUAACUAGGGUUAAACCUAUAUUGGUACGUAAUGUGCGUGUGUGUGUCAGUAUGUUUAGCCUAUUCAAAAUUUCAUUUAAGAUUAAAGGAGCAAUCAUCACUGAUGACCAUUUCUUACGAGCUUAAUCAAAACCAAUGAAAUUUUGAUGCACAUAAUUUACCACAGGAUAGGAUCACCAGUCGUUCAUAAAAUCACUCGUACAUAAAGCUGUUCGUAAAGUUAAGCCCGGCUCACAUUAUCGUUGCGAUCCGAAUUUCAUAUUAAUUGUGAUAACAUUUGAUAUGGAUAUUCCAACUAAUAAAAUAUUACGGAUCAGAGUUCAGAAUAGUACCGUAGGACUACUGACAUCGAAGUUCAGUCCAUUUAGAGCCUCCCUGAAUGAAUAAAAACAAAUUCAAUUCCAAAUCGUAAUGACGUCAUCAUCGGCUGCGACUUGAAGCCGAUUUGGACGUUACUCCGACAAUAGGGCUUGCCGCAAAGUAAAGGUAUGAUUUUAGUUUUCCUAACAAUAUGCCAACUUUAAAUAAAAUAAUUUUACUUCUUAGAACUUUCAUAUUUAAUGCAAAAUGCGAUUUCUUGAAAAAUCGCGUCGCACCGGAUCGCAUAGUGUGAGACAGGCUUUACGCACGACUGGAACAUGUUCUUCGGUCAUAUUAUAUCAGGGGUAUCAUAUUUUAGCACAAGAAAGGAUUACCAGUCGUGCGUAAAGUCAUUCGUAUCUUACGAACAGCUUUAUCAAACACCCACCCGGUCAGCAGGGCAGGGGCUGAAAUCUCUCCCAAAAGGUAGGGGGGACAAGGGGCUGAGAAAAAUUUGCCAAGCAAAACAAAUAAAAAAAGGUUAUCACCACAAAUUUAAGGUCAUUUGGACGAAAAUAAAUUUGACAAGCAAAAAAAAAAGGGUUAUCAUCCCAAAAGUAGGGUCAUCUCGUCCUAAAAUACAUGUUUUAUUUCGAUUUUGAAUGAUGUAUUUAUUACCAUCAUAAAAGACCAAAAAUAUUAGGGGGGACAUUUGAUAUUGUAUCCCCCCCCCCCUACUAUUUUGAGUAGGGGGGAAACGUCCCCCCUGGGAUUUCCGCCCAUGCAGCAGGGGCUGUUGUAGGAAGAGUUUUCUUUAGACAUAAUUCAAAAUAAUGAAGUGCAAGUCCCUAAUACGAUCGUUUCAUUGGUUGAAAGUCAAGUUGCGAUUGAUGUUAGGAGUUGCAUUUGAUCACAAUAUUUUCUGCAACAGGCCCUAGUUUAUACAUUGGUCUCGCCAUCUGAUGAUCUGCAUGAGUUCAAAACCAGGUUUAUGAACAAGACUAUAUCUUGCAAGGUCCACUGUUGGUUGGUAUACCGGUGGCGGGGGGAUGGGUUUAUGGGGGCUACAGAUGUAUAGGCCCUAUAAUAUGCCUAAUGAUUUGAUGUUAUCUUCUUUCAGAAGAGAAAAUAAAAUGAACUUAAAUUACUAGAUUUAUAUUCCACCCCGACAAAAAGUGUAUUUGAAUGAAAAGAUAAGUUGAGGAAGUUAUGUGAUAACCAGGGAGAUGUACAGACCUGAGCCCUGUCUCACAAAGAUUUACAAUUGAUUCGAUCAAACUCAUCCCUGCCAUAAUUUUUCUCACAUAAAAUUUGCACAAUGUCCUGUGUAAACAAAAAGGAUAUCACACUGAGUUUUCAAGAAAACUAUAUGAAUAUACAACAUUAUCUAGAAAACAUGCACAAUUAAAAUGUUGGGCAACAUACUGUCCACUGUCUUGGGUAAUGUAUAUUGGUAAUAUAUAUAUAUAUAUAUAUAUAUUCUGGGCAAUCAUUAUCCAAUUGAGCAAAUUUAUUUACAAUUUACAAUUGAUUCGAUCAAACUCAUCCCUGCCAUAAUUUUUCUCACAUAAAAUUUGCACAAUGUCCUGUGUAAACAAAGAGGAUAUCACACUGAGUUUUCAAGAAAACUAUAUGAAUAUACAACAUUAUCUAGAAAACAUGCACACUUAAAAUGUUGGGCAACAUACUGUCCACUGUCUUGGGUAAUGUAUGUUGGUAAUAUAUAUAUAUAUAUAUAUAUAUAUAUUCUGGGCAAUCAUUAUCCAAUUGAGCAAAUUUAUUACCCAAAUAUUAGUUUUUAUUACCCGAUUUGGGCAGAUUUUAACCAAUAGUUGCAUUGUGUGGACAGUAUUUUGCCCAGGGUUGGUUAAAAGUUCGGCAUUGUUCGCCCAACUAUCUUAGAGUGUGUGGAACUAACAUGCUUUUUAGAUGAUGACGUUACUGGCUUUCCAUGGUGUGGUCGACUGGAUCAAUCGUAACUCUGUGUAAGAUAAAAUAAUCAAGCUCAAAUCCCUAAUUUAAUAUCCAUGCUAUUUAAUAUGACUGUUAAAACCAAUUAUUAUUAUUAUGCUGCAUCGUGGUGCUUAGAGACUUCCGAUAAAACACUUCCGUGUUUAGACGCUGUGUAAGCAUGGACCUACUAGUAGGUCCAUAGUGUAAGCAAGCACAUUAGCAUUUGUGUAAAAUGUAUGAGAUUAUCUUACAUGAAUCAUGGAGCUAUUAGCUCUAUGCAUGAAUUAUAAUCUUGCAUGAAAACGUUCAUGCGAAAUGUGAUUUACUCCAUUUUAUCCGGCAUUUUAUGCAUGAUGUGACCAUCAAUCGUUUAAAUAAGUGGCUAGAUCGUUUUAUUGGUACAUUAUUGCAAUACAUUUUGGAAAAAUGUCAUUUCUCAAAAUAUAAAGAAUAUAGGCACUGCUCAUGGAAUCAUUCUUUCUGUAAUUGAAUACUUCGGAGGCCAAUCAAAUAUAUCGUCGUCCAAGUAUAUAGUGACUACAUAGUGCAUAAUGUCAAAUGUGUACAUCAAAUACAUUUUUGGUCAUGCGAGAAAGGUAAAAUCCUUUCUAAUAUUUAUCCAAUAUUUAAACGAUGUGCAGUUAAAAAGGGAGGGUGCAUUAUGCAAUAAAAUGUUUUAUGCUAGACUUUAAAUUUAAGCUAACCAUAUAGGGCGUAGUGUAUAGAGAUGUACAUUGAUAUAGUCUAUCAAAAAUGUUUUACUGCAGUUUUUCAUGACUGGUUGGGGCAACCAGAAUAGAUUUCAAAUGGUCAAUUCUAAAAAAAAAAAAACCUCAUCAGUAAAAAUUCCUUCGCACAUUGGCCCAAGCUAUAUUCGACCCCACAUUGAAGCCAAACAAAAUGUAUCCUUGUCUCAUGUUCAAUACUUUUCAAUGUAUCAAUAAGAGACAUUGGCACUAGUGACUUGUUUUAUAUCAUUUUGUAUAUAGUUUUCCUCACUAUAGGCGAUGUUCAGAUUCGCCAACCCUUUUCAUCAAGGUUAGUGUAAUACAACUCUUGCAACUGUUGUAUCGAGGCUUGCAUAUGUUUGCAAAUCUUAACAAAAUAAAUUUGCCUUGACAACAGAAAAAAAUAUAUAAUUAUGUUUUACAACCACUGACAAACAAUGAAGGAACUUAGAGUUUUACAAUGUUCGCUCAGAAUGAUUAAUGACUAACGAGCCUUGUUAUUAUUAUACAUAUAUUGCUUGCCAUUGUUACAUUAUAUACCUGCAUUAAUGUUUGUAUUGUUUAAUUAUGUUAAACAAAUUUUCCACUCUAGAUGACUUUAAUAGUAAAACAAUUUUAAACGACAGUUGAAUAAAUGAUAAAUAACGAUAUUCAAGCUUAUUCGUUUACCAUGUUUACUGUCUCUCGCCAACGAACAUCACUCCCCUGUUUUAUGAACACUUUUUGAACUGAUUGUCCCUCGGCAACUUUUGGCGCAGUUACA